AUUUAAAAGAGUUUUAAUUUAAACAAUUUUUUUUAUCAAAAUUUAGCAAUUUUUUAUGCAUAACAAUGUCGUUGGGAAAAGUGCAUCGUGAAUGGUCGCGUUCGAUCAAAGUACUCCCUAAACAUAAUCUUGUUGUGCGCCCUGGGCCGCAUUUGAAGAAGUUUAUUCCCUCAUAUGAACAAGAUUCCAGUCCUGAGUGCAUGAAUAUGAUUAUUGGCUGGGAAUACGCCCGAAUGUGGUUGCGUGAACGCGACGAAUUCAGAAAGUUGCGGGAUAGAGCUGCAAAGCCACAAUUCAUUGAAAACGACUAUGAAUGGUGGCUGAAGCUGAGGAAAACCAACAAGCGAUUCUGUUGCAUCACCUAAGGCUACAAAGGUGUAGGCGAAAUUCUAUAAAAUUGUAUUACAAAAUCACUCAGUAUUUACAUAUUUUAAUGAAAAUAAAUUAGCUACAUGAGAAAUAA